CGACCGCGUGGGUGACCGUGAGUGCUCCCUCAGGUCGCGCCGUCGAGGUCCGAGCUCUCCUCGAUCAAGGUUCAGAGGUAACCUUCGUGACUGAACGACUCGCGCAAGCGUUGUACUUGAAGCGGCUCCGAAUGCCGACUUCAAUCUCCGCCGUCGGCGGCGUCAAGGUUGGAACAUGCCGACACGCCGCACAUGUUACGAUAUCUCCGCGGAGUGCGUCGACUCCUAAGCUCUCGACCACUGCGUUGAUCCUCAAUACUUUAACGGCGUAUUCGCCGAAACGCCUUCCCGCGGAAUCAGUCCUCGACCAGCUCCAGGAUCUCUCGUGGGCAGACAACGACCCCAUGAGCUCGGCGCCCAUAGAUAUUCUGCUCGGUGCGGACUUGUACGGCGAUAUAAUUUUGAGCGGGCUUCGCAAAACGACGGUCGGACGGCCUAUCGCGCAGGAGUCGAUUUUUGGUUGGGUGAUCUCCGGGCCCGUCUCAUGUCCCGAACUCUCGUCUCAAACCAAGUCAGACGAAAAGAGUGCAGGGCGCAUCUGCGCUCAAAUUACCUCACUUCAUUGCUCCCACGAUCUGUCGCUAGAUCGAGAACUCAGACAGUUCUGGGAGGUCGAGGAAGUUCCUCAACAUACCGCGUACGGUCCUGAGGAGGAGAGAUGCGAGGAUCACUUUCGCUCCACGCACUCUCGUCUCUCAGACGGCCGUUACGUUGUCCGGCUUCCGUUCCGAACGAGUCCGCCCAUCGCGAUCGGCGAAUCGUAUCGCAUAGCAGAGACGCGUCUCAAUGCAUUGCUCCGACGCCUUCGGACGAACGCGGAUCACGAAAAGGAAUAUUCCGAAUUUCUUCAAGAAUAUGAAAACCUCGGGCAUAUGCAAAAGGUGACAAAUCCCCGAUCGCCAGACACUCAAUGCGUGUUCAUUCCACACCAUCACGUCAUCCGCGAUCAUAGUUCGACCACGCAUUUACGUGUCGUUUUUAACGCGUCCAGUGCCACUACAAACGGCUCCUCCCUUAAUGAUCAUCUCCUGGCCGGACCAAAGCUACAAACGGAUCUCCCCGCGAUUAUUCU